ACGUGCUCUGAAUGCGGGAAAAGCUUCGGGCGGAGCUCUGACCUUAUCAGACAUGAGAGAAUCCACACAGGGGAGACGCCCUACACAUGCUCUGAGUGCGGGAAAAGCUUCAAUCAGUGCACAACCCUUUCUGUAUAUCAGAGAAUCCACACAGGGGACAGGCCCUAUGAAUGCACUGAGUGUGGGAAAACCUUCAAUCGCAGUUCGCACCUUAUUAGGCAUCAAACAAUCCACAGAGGAGAGAGGCCCUAUGAAUGCCGUGAGUGUGGGAAAUGCUUCACUAGCAGCUCAAACCUUUCUCAACAUCAGAGAAUCCACACAGGGGAGAGGCCCUUUGAAUGCAGUGAGUGUAGGAAAACCUUCAAUUGCAUUUCACACCUUAUUAGGCAUCAAACAAUCCACAGAGGAGAGAGGCCCUAUGAAUGCCGUGAGUGUCGGAAAUGCUUCACUAGCAGCUCGGCCCUUUCUGUUCAUCAGAGAAUCCACACAGGGGAAAGGCCCUUUGAAUGCCGUGAGUGUGGGAAACGCUUCACUAGCAGCUCAAACCUUUCUCAACAUCAGAGAAUCCACAUGGGGGAGAGGCCCUUUGAAUGCCGUGAGUGUGGGAAAAGCUUCACUCAAAGAUCAGUCCUUUCUAGACAUCAGAGAAUCCACACAGGGGACAGGCCCUAUGAAUGCCGUGAGUGUCGGAAAUGCUUCACUAGCAGCUCGGCCCUUUCUGUUCAUCAGAGAAACCACACAGGGGAGAGGACCUUUGAAUGCCGUGAGUGUGGGAAAUGCUUCACUAGCAGCUCAAACCUUUCUCAACAUCAGAGAAUCUACACAGGGGAGAGGCCCUUUGAAUGCAGUGAGUGUAGGAAAACCUUCAAUUGCAUUUCACACCUUAUUAGGCAUCAAACAAUCCACAGAGGAGAGAGGCCCUAUGAAUGCCGUGAGUGUCGGAAAUGCUUCACUAGCAGCUCGGCCCUUUCUGUUCAUCAGAGAAUCCACACAGGGGAAAGGCCCUUUGAAUGCCGUGAGUGUGGGAAACGCUUCACUAGCAGCUCAAACCUUUCUCAACAUCAGAGAAUCCACACGGGGGAGAGGCCCUUUGAAUGCCGUGAGUGUGGGAAAAGCUUCACUCAAAGAUCAGUCCUUUCUAGACAUCAGAGAAUCCACACAGGGGACAGGCCCUAUGAAUGCAUUGAGUGC